GGCUUCUCAUCUCCAGCCUCCACCUGUCUUUCCUUUUCCAGAGGCCACAUGCAUGGUGACCGGGCCCAGAAAGGAUCCGUUAUUCAAGAAAUGGCAUGAUGCUCUGCCAAGGGGAUGGCGUGAGCCCAGUUAGCGCAGGAUCCCCGCACCCCCAGUCACCGGAUCACACGGCGGCAGCUGGUCCCAGGUGCUAUUUUCACUCUGCAUUUAUAAAGCAGUCGCCAUGAAACAGACACAGGAGCAGAGCCAGUCCCAGACCCCAACUCAUUCCCCCGCCUUAGACACCCAGCCAGGUCCACCAUGAAGUCCACAGGGAGCGAACAGGGUGCCGCGCCGGACGGUUUCCCCUCCGACCUGGACGAACUGGAUAGCGGAAGCGAGGAGAGCUCCGACAACAAGUCGACGGGCGGCGGCUGUAGCCCCCAGGGAGGGGGCCGGGAGAGGGCCAGGCAGAGGGAGAGGGGGUGCAGCAGGCGUCUGCAGGGCGUUAGCAAACAGAGGCAGGCAGCCAACGCGCGGGAGCGGGACCGGACCCACAGCGUGAACACGGCCUUCACCGCGCUGCGCACCCUCAUUCCCACAGAACCAGCCGACAGGAAACUGUCCAAGAUCGAGACGCUACGCCUGGCGUCCAGCUACAUCUCCCACCUUGCCAACGUGCUGCUGCUGGGGGACGAGUGUUUGGACCGACAGCCCUGUCUUGGGUACCACAGCGUCCUGCAGAGCAGCACCAACAUCAACAGCAGCAGCCCCGCGCUCAGGCCCAUAUGCACUUUCUGUCUCAGUAACCAGAGGAAAACGCUCAGAGAUGGAGGAAAGCCCACAGCCAUCUGACAUGGUCACGCACUACUGUCAAUACAAGGAUGCAACAAGGAUGCAUACCAAGUCACAUGGAUGUUUACAUGUACCUACGAGUGGAAGAAAAAAAACUAUAUAACUUUGUACAUAUUUUUGCAAAAUCUUAGGACAAAAAAACCCCCACCGAAAUGCACUUUCCGUUCACUACAUGUGCGUUCUUUCCACCGUGUUUUGGUAAAAUUGUAACUCGAGCGCAAUGUGUAAGGUUCCACCUGACAGUGGGCUAUUUCGGUAUCAGAAAUAGUAAGCCCUAGCGUCGCGCUCCUAAAAAACAGUCUGGCCUCCCCCAUGCAGCCAGUCACAUGGUUGUAACCCAAUCCUAGGCCAUGCAGCGGUUCGUCAGUGGAGUAGUGGACUGUCAGUGGAGUAGUGGACUGGUUGGCUUGUCUCCUGACUGACUCAUCUUUUGCCAACUGAGGAGAGGGUGCCGUGCUUGACAAUUAUGAAUUCUAACUGCCAUUCAAACUCAAUUCAAUAGUCCCAAAUACACUUUGGUAGCAGUAAUAUUUAAAUUUAUUUUAACCAGGAGAGUACACUUAGUAAAUGAAUAUAAGCCAAUUCUUUCGAGGGAGUCUUAAUUUAAAUGGGGGAGGCAAAACAACAAUAUACAAAAUAUAAAAUGUGCUUGAAUCCAAAUAUGAAGUGCUAUAUGUCGGCCCCGCCCACUAGUACAGCAGAAGCAACCAGACUUGGUGUUUACAAACUUUACCACAACAUCAAGUCAUAUUCCAUGUCAAAUGUAACAUGGUGUAGAUCAAAAGAAAAUGUAACAUACAUAUGUAAACACUGCUUUUGGGAGUUCAAUGUUAUACUGUAUGUUGAGAAAUGUUUACUUGCAUGUAUUGCACAAGCCUUUUCACAAUUCACAAACACACAAUAGUUCUGCAUGUGUUUGUGCAGUAUUGGUUGCACCUUUGAAGGCCCAAUGCAGCUGUUUUUAUAUCAAUCAAAUAAUUUCUAGUUAUCAAAAUACCUUACUGUAAUAUAUUUCCAUUCAAAUUGAAAAAAAAAAUGGCUUUUUAGCACAAAACUUUCUCAAGUUUGCUAGGACUGUCUGGGAGUGGUCUGAGUGGGAAGGGUAAACUGAUAACUAGCCGUUAUUGGCAGAGGGGUUUGGAACUCUUUAUUGUCAUGGUCUAUUAAGCAAUUUACCACAUGGUGAUGUCACCAUGGAAAGCCAAAACUCACAACCAUGGAAACCUGCUGAUCAGAAGGGCCUGUGUAGAUUGUAUUUUCAACCAGCAACUAUCAGGAAAUAACACUAAUCAAAUGUUUUCACACUUUGACAGUGUUAGUUUCAUCAGCCGUUGAACAAUAUAAUUUAAAAGACAGGAACAGAAUUGACUGCAUUGAUUUGGGUAUAUAAUAAAUUACUUCAAAAUCAUGCAAAAUAAAAAUACGAUCUUAUUUGGAUGAAUUAUCCAAAACAAAUAACGAUAUUGCACACUGACUGCAAUACACUUUUACCUCAAUGAAGACCUCUGAAUAUAUUAACCUAAUAGAAUUAUAGGUCUACCUCCAAGUCUAUUGUAAUGUGUAACAUUGUUGUAAACAUACUUGAAUUUCUCCUAA